AUGUUUCCAGAUUAUAAUUCCCCAGAUCUUCAUCUGGCUCACCCAACUCCAGAAGAAAAACUAGCAACGUGGAAUCUCAAUUAUGAAGAAUGGGGCAAAGCACUUUCCAAGUCAGAUUACCUUCAUCGAGAACAAUAUCUCGCCAGCGUUCCCUUGACCUCAGAAGAUGGAAUAACCUACUGGUGUCUAGUCGAUAAAUCCGCCCCUCCAAACAACCGGGAAAUCUAUGCCUCCUGCGAAUCCCUCCGUAAAAAGGCUUUUAUAUCUAAAGAAGGAAAAGUUGAAGAAGUUAUCAUUCAUUCAAUUGGAUCUGUUUUUUGUCCUCCCAAAAAUCGAGGCCGUAAAUAUGCUUCUCGAAUGAUGACAGACCUGGGCAAUAUCCUCAAAACAUGGCAACUCGACCCCAAUAUCCCCGGACGUCAAAAAACCCCCGCUUCCAUCCUCUUCUCAGACAUCGGCAAAAAAUUCUACGCAAACCACGGCUGGCAUCCCUUUCCCUCCUCGCACAUUUCCCUCCUCCCUCUACCCAACCCCGCAGAUUCCCCCUCGUCACAUCUCAUCACCCUCCUAAAAGAAGAAGACCUCCCCCCCCUCUGCGACCUCGACACCACCUACAUCCGUCAAGUCCUCUCCCGCGCAAACGACCACAAAACCCACAUCGCGCUCCUCCCCGACUACCCCACCAUCCAAUGGCACCACCUCCGCGAAAACGUCAUGUCCGUCUCCAUCUUCGGACGCGCCCCCGAAAUCAAAGGCGCGCUCGUCGGUUCCCCCGGCUCUCGCGUCUGGGCCUAUUGGACCCGCGGCUACUACGGUCCCGUCAAUUCCCCCUCCUCGGGAAAUUGUCUACACAUCUUGCGCUUGGUGCUCGAGGAUGAAUCGAAUAGUGCGGCGAACGCGGAGAAAUUGGAAGCGGUAUUGCGGGAGGCGCAGAGGGAAGCGAGCGAGUGGAAGAUGAAUGAAGUGCAGUUUUGGAAUCCGACGGCGUUGGUGGAGGAUUUGUUAAAUAGGUCGGAGUUGGGCGAGAAGGGCAUCCAUCGGAAGGUCGAGAGGGAGGAGGAGAGUGUCGCCAGUUUGAUGUGGUAUGGAGAGGGAGAGGGGACGGUCGAGGAGGUGGAGUGGUGGGGAAAUGAAAAAUAUGGGUGGUGUUAG